AUGUGCGCCGCGGCGACGUGCGACAUCCAUGUGUGUUCCAAGGAGAAGCCGUGUCAGAACGGGGCGACGUGUGUGACGGAUGAGACGGGUGACUACUCCUGCCUCUGCCCCGACGGCUUCCACGGCAACCACUGCCAACUCAGAAUGGGACCGUGCUACAGCACCGGGUCUCCCUGUAAGAACGGCGGUCUGUGUGAGGACCUGGGCGGGUUCUCUCCAGUGCUGACGUGCCGGUGCCUGGCGGGUUUCACCGGACCGCGGUGCGAGACCAACGUGGACGACUGCCAGCUGCAGCCCUGCGCCAACGGCGCCACCUGCGUGGACGGAGUCAACCGCUUCUCCUGCCUGUGCCCGCUGGGCUUCGCCGGGCGCUUCUGCUCCGCCAACCUGGACGACUGCGCCAGCCGGCCGUGCCUGAACGGCGGCCGCUGCCUGGACCGCGUCGACGCCUUCCUGUGCCUGUGCGCCGGCGGCUACUCGGGCACCACCUGCCAGGUGCCACCCCGGAGCCCACCACAGGGGGCGCCAGAGAGCAGCGGCGCCACGGCCAGGCAGGGCACCUGGGGCCGGGGGGGCAACCGCACCCUGUACGCAGGCGAGGGGGGCACGGGGGACGAAGGGGGCAGGGGCGACGGCCGCUUGCUGAAGAUCUCGGUGAAGGAAGUGCUGGCGCAGCCUGGGGGGGCGGGGGGGCUGUCGCAGGCCCAGCUGGUGACGCUCCUGGUGCUGGGGGGGGUGACGCUGGCGGUGGUCGCCCUGACGGGCGCGCUGGUGCUGCGUGGCCACUGGAUGGAACACUGCGCCCCUCGCUGCCGCUGCCACCCGCCCCCGGCCUCCUCUUCAUCAUCGUCAUCAUCGUCACCGUCACCGGCAACCUCCCCGCUCCAGCUGUUUCGUGGUUGCCGAGCAACGCGAGGGAGAGUGCAGGAGACGGGGUCUUCGGCGCCCCCUCCUGAGCAGGAGUGUAAGAUCAGCUUCCUGGAGCCGCCUCCCCCCGACCCCACUGAACCAGAGAAGAAGAAACUCAACACGGAGGUCAUCUAAGCCACACCCCUUCCUCUCUCUACCUCCAAUCACACGCAGUGUGGAACGCCCAGACCUAUCAGAGUGGACUGCCCGCCCCUAUUCCGUGUGAAGCCACACCCCUGGGUACCUAAAGGGGAGGGACAAAUUUGAGCGGACAUUUUGGGCUACCCCUCAGAACUCUCCAGAAUGAUCUGGUUGGUUGAGCAGUCUGAUGUUUCAGCCACACCCACACAGGGCUGUGUUCAACACGUGAAGGGGAAAGGUGUAUGUAACAUCCUCUCUGUCUCAGAACCACACAGAGCUAUGUACAACACGAGAAGGUGAGGGGUGUAUGUAACAUUCUCUCUCAGAACCACACAGAGCUGCGUUCAACAUUUGAAGGGGAAGCAUGACUGUUACAGCAUCUCUUUCAGUCAAAACCAUGCAGAGCUGUGUUCAACACAUUAAGGGAAAGGGUGUAUGUAACAUCCUCUCUCUCAGUCACACACACAGAGCUGCGUUCAACAUGUGAAGGGGAAGGGUGUUUGUAACUGUCUUUUUCUCAGCCAGAACUACACAGAGCUGCGUUCAACACAUUAAGGGGAAAAGUGUUUGUAACGUUGUCUCUCUGUCUCACAGAGUCUCUCUGUGUUGGUGUCUGUAACAGCCUCUCAGAGUAAGAACCACACAGGGCUGUGUUCAACACAUUAAGGGGACGGGUGUCUGUAACAGCCUCUCAGAGUAAGAACCACACAGGGCUGUGUUCAACACAUUAAGGGGACGGGUGUCUGUAAGCCUCUCAGAGUAAGAACCACAUAGGGCUGUGUUCAACACAUUAAGGGGACGGGUGUCUGUAACAGCCUCUCAGAGUAAGAACCACACAGGGCUGUGUUCAACACAUUAAGGGGACGGGUGUUUGUAACAUCCUCUCUCUUAGUAAGAACCACACAGGGCUGUGUUCAACACAUUAAGGGGACGGGUGUUUGUAACAUCCUCUCUCUCAGUCAGAACCACAGGGACAUUCACACGUGAAGAGUGACAGACACACACACACUGACUGAGUGAUACACACACACACACACACACACACACACACACACACACACAGCUACACUUAUAGGGCUCUAUCUUGGCGAUCAGAAACGGAUGGUCAGAGGCGUAAAGUUUAUUGACAUGAAAGACAUGGCCAGACCAUAUUCACUAAUUUAAUGAUUAUGUGGUCAAACGUACCCCACUUACCCCAAUAAUGUUCGAAUGACUAAAUACAAAUCCUAAAAUCCUAAAAGAGGAUAUUUAUCCUGCAGAGGAGUUGCAUACAUCGCGUGACAGUGCGUCUUCAGCUGUGCUUUCGCUAUAGACCAGGGGCCUCAUUUAUAAAAGGGUUGCGUAGAAACCAUCCUUCAUUUGAUUUUAGAUCAUUUCUGAAAUGAUCAUAUGUGUGAUUCAAA